UUCUGACACUUGACCAAUGGAGAAAAUAACGCUUACGUUUGUGCUUUAGAUCUCAGAAGAGAGACGCUACGCUCCCACCACCAGCAACCCUCUCUCACCCCCUUCUCACAAACGCAAACAGAAAGAGAGAAGACGAAGAAGAAAAAAGAACGCACGCACUCCUUUACAUUCCUUUGGCCGAUACGACGUCGUCUCAUACCUUUGGCCAACCCUUAAUCCAGGAUAAUAAGGUAUAGAAAUGGUUUCCAAGGCUUGGGUGCGGUGAUUGUUGCUGUUACAGUGGGGAGCAAUAACGGAGUGGAUCGCAGAGUGGAUCGGAGAAUGGACAGAAGUAAGAGCCGUACCGAUCUACUCGCAGCCGGAAAGAAGAGGCUUCAACAAUUCCGUCAGAAGAAGGACGGUAAAGGUGGUAGUAGCCGUGGGAAAUCAAAAAAAUCUGAUAAAAAUCUAAUACCUGAGGACGACACUGAUGGACAAAGUAGUCCUUCUAUGUCAACAACAUCAUCUCAGGUUACAGAUGGAAAUGUUGAAACUGACAAUGAGUCUAAUGCCGUUAGCGCGGAAUUAUUAGAGUCCCAGUCUUCACCAAACUCAUUAACUCUUGACAAUCUUGAUCCAUCUGCUGAUUCAUCACCACUGGCUAUUAUAAAUACUAUAGAUGAGGAAACAGAAUUGGAUUCUGGUAGAAAGUCAUCCCUUGCAGUUCAGGAGGGCCAUGAGGUUGAUUCUGAGCUGUCUUCCCAAGAUCAAGGGAAACGUGCUGAGUAUGUUGGUGCUGAUGUGGCUGAGGAUGUUUCUUUGCGAACUUCAGACGACCAGAAAGAUCUGGAAUCGGAUAGAAGGCCAGGUGCCGAGGCUCAGGAGGUCGGUAAGGAAGAUUCUGAGUUGUCUUUCCACGAUCAAGGGAAAAAUGCUCAGAAUGUUGGUGCUGCUGUGGCUGAUGAUAUAUCUUUGAAAACUACAGAUAGCCUGGGUCCUGAAGGUGGACCAACUUAUGAUCAUGAGUCUGCACCUGCCAUUGUUGCAACUGCAGUCGGCGAGCCUGUUCCAGUCACAGCAGAGGGUGAUAGCAGGGAAGUAUCCUUGCUUUUAUCUGAAGAUACGACCAUUACAUCCUUGAUGCAAACAAGGGAAGAUAAGGUAACCAACUUAGGGGCAAUGCAGGAUGCUGAUGGUUUGGAUACAAAGAAAUCUGGUCAAAGCACUGAUGUGGAGGAGGCAUUUCAUAAAACAGAACAACUGGGCAAGUCAGUUGAAGUUGUUUCCUCUCCUAAAGACAUUAUGCCAGAUAAGCAUUUGACUUCUAAUCAAGGGCAGGGAGAUGAUAUUGCAACUGGUGGUCCUUCUGUGAAGAAUCCGGAGGGAGAAAUAUUAUCAGGUUCAUCCCAUGAAGAAAUGCAUCUUCAGCCUAUUCAAGAACAGAUUGUUGAACAGGUUCAUAGUGGACAUGGCAGAGGACUUCAGGAGGAGCCUUAUCAGCAAAGCACUCCUGUUGGAUCUAUAGCUCUGGAUCCAAAUUAUGAGUUGUCAAUGGGAGAUGACGCGGUUAAUUUGGCCAGGCCAGUGGAUGCCUCUCAUAGUUUUGAUGCAAAAACAGUUGAUUUCAUGAAGCUGGCUGGAAUUAUAAAAGAUCUUAAUGAAGAUGUGCUGGCUGAAAUUAUAAGGGGGCUUAAUGAAGACGAGUUUUACUUUUUGCUCAAGUCAAGAAGGGAAGUUUCCGAUGCAGAUCCUCUAGCCACUAGUUCAACUCUACCUGAUGGUGACUUUUCAGAAGCAUUUCAGAGACUUAAAGAAGAAUUGUUCCUUUCAACUUUAAUGAAAAGUAUAUCUGACAUGCAGUUAAGUGAACACUUGGAGCUACAGCUGCAGGCUGACAAUGAACAUCCCCAGUUCGUUGAUGAAGUAUCUGAGCUCCGAGCUUCUCAUCUCGAAGUUAAUGAGAAGAAUCAACUCCUUAUUGAAGAGCUUUCUAAUUGCCGUGCUGAACUGCAAGAUGUUUCCCAAAAGUGUGUUGAACUGCAAAACCAAUUUAAUGCUGCCAAGGGUGUGGUUGAUACUCUUUCUGCCAGAGUAGUUGAGCUGCAGAUUAGUUGUGAAGUCUCCCAAGAAGAUUCAUUGAAUCUGUCAGCAGAUUUGUCCGACUGUAGAAGCUUGAUCUCAUGCUUACAAUCUGAAAAGAAGGGUAUGAAUGAAAAUCUUGAGUUGGUGUCUUCUGAGAAAGUCAGACUUGCAAAUGAGAAGGAGGUUCAUCUAGGUGAAAGUAAGAGGCUGUCAACUGAAUUAUCUGACUUAAAGAGUUCCAUGGAAGUUAUAGAAGUUGGAAACGAAGUUUUUGAUGAUUCUCUUGGUUUUGUUUCGUUGAAGACUUGCUUGAAUGAGAUGGAGAAAAUUUUGGCGAAGCUUGAACAGGCAACUAAUGAGUUCCAUUUUCAAUCAGUCGGCAGGUCUGGUGAACAAGUUUCUCCAGCUGCAGUAUCAAAAACACAUGAAGAUGAACAUGAGGUGGAGGUAAGGGAUUCAAAUGAAGUUCAUUCGUCAUCAGAAUCAUUUAUUAUGUUUGCCAAAGAGGAAACUGGAAACAUGAGAAAAUUGCUUUCAGAGUGGAAGGGGCAUGUUCAGAGUGCAGAUGCGUUGUUCAAGGGGGAGCGUGAUGGUAGGAAAAUUGGUGAUGCAAAGAACCGUGAUCUCAAAGAUCAGUUCGAAGAAUUGAAACAACAUUGUUCAAAUUUGGAAGCAUCCAAUGUUGAACUUACAGUUCAAUGUGAAGCUGCAAAACAACUUCUGGCUGACUUUCAAGAAAAGAAAUGUCAUCUUGAGGAACUCUGCGAAGCUUUAAAACAAGAAGAUAUCCAACUCAAAGCCAAAAAUAACGAACUUUAUGAAAAACUUGGGCAGUUUCAGUCAAAAGUUAGUGAAUUGUAUACUGAAAUCUGCGAUGUGAAACAAAGUUCAAAUGAGAUGUCUUCUAUUAUUGGUGAUCAACUGGAAAAUUUGCAGAAGGAGUUGACUCAAAGAACUAUGGUGCUCGAGCAAGGCUGGAAUACUAUUAUGGCUGAUAUAUUUAAAUUAGUUAGCAAGCUGAAUGAAUCAGUUGGGGAAACAUCCUCAGCCGUCUCGUUUGAUGCUCAUGAUAACUUGGAUAUCAAUAAUCUGUUAGCAGUUUCUGUUAAUGCAGCCACUAAAAUGAUUUUUGAUCUUCGGAAGAAACUUGAAGCUACUUGUUCGGAACAUGAAACAAUCUGCUCAUCAUUUAAAGAGGUGAAUAUGAAAUGUGAGGAUCUGCUUGGACGGAAUGAAUUGGCUGUUGGUGUAUUGCACAAGAUAUACAAUGACCUGCGGAAACUUCUGCUCAGUCAUAGUGGAUCUAUGGGUGAAGAGAAGAUAGAUGUACAAAGCGAAGCACUGCCUGAUCUCCUUAACUAUGAUAGCUAUCAGAAUAUCAUGAGAUGUCUUGUGGAUUUAUUGACUGAAAAGCGGGAGCUUGAGUCUGUUAACAAUGAGAUGAAGUCAGAAAUGGAGGAACUGAAGAUCAAGUGUCUUGAUCUAGACUCUGUUAGCAAGUUAAUUGAAGAUCUUGCCGGCGCUCUGAAUAUAGAGCAUUCGCAGAUUGAAAGAAAUAAAACUCCUCUUUCAUGCUUGGAUUCAUUAGUGUCUAGCCUUCUACAGAAAACCAGAGAUGCUGAAAUCCAGUUACACAUGACUAAAGAAGGCUAUGGAUAUAGCGAGACUGAAUUGGCUGAAUUGGAGGACAAAAUGCAUUAUCUAGACACACUGCGUCUUGAGAAAGAAAAUGAAAUCCUUGUUCUUAAGGAAAUCUUACACCAAGCUGAGGAAGCUCUUACUGCUGCUCGUUCUGAAUUGCAUGAGAAAACAAAUGAACUUGAAUAUUCAGAGCAAAAGGUGUCCUCCGUGCGGGAGAAACUUAGCAUUGCAGUUGCCAAGGGAAAAGGCUUGGUUGUCCAGCGGGAUGGCCUCAAGCAGUCUCUGGCUGAGACAUCUAGUGAACUGGAGAGAUGCAUGCAGGAGUUGCAAUUGAAAGAUGCUAGACUUCAUGAGGUUGAAACAAAGCUUAAGACCUACGCAGAGGCUGGUGAGCGCAUGGAAGCUAUGGAAUCCGAGCUUUCAUAUAUUCGUAAUUCAUCUAAUUCCUUGAGAGAGUCAUUUCUUCUUAAAGAUUCAAUGCUUCAGAGGAUAGAAGAGGUUUUGGAAGAACUAGAUCUCCCAGAGCAGUUUCAUUCAGGAGAUAUAAUUGAAAAGAUUGAUUGGUUGGCUAGGUCAGUUGCUAGUAACUCAUUGCCUAUGAAUGAUUGGGAGCAGAAGGAAUCUGCAGGAGGAGUUUCAUACGCUGAUGCUGGUUAUGUUGCCAGAGAGUCCUUGGAAGAUGAUAGUCAGCUGCCACCAGAUUCAGGGGAUGAUUCCCGGAAAGAUGAUAGUCAGCUGCAAUCAGAUCCAGGGGAUGUACGGCAGCAACAAGAAGAGCUACAAGCCAGUCUUGUCCCACUAGAUGGAGAUGAUCUGAGAAAGAAAUUUGAGGAGUUACACAAGAAGUAUUUUGGUCUGGCUGAGCAAAAUGAAAUGCUGGAGCAGUCAUUGAUGGAAAGAAACAGCAUAGUUCAGAGAUGGGAAGAGCUUGUAGACAGGAUUGAUAUGCCUUCACAUUUACGGUCUGUGGAAAUGGAGGAUAGAAUUGAAUGGGUAGGACGAGCACUUGCUGAGGCUAAUCAUCAUGUUGAUUCUCUGCAGCUUAAGAUUGAAAAAUACGAAAGCUAUUGUGGAUUGCUAAAUUCUGAUCUUGAAGGGUCUCAAAGGACAGUCUCUGCUCUUCAGACAGACCUUAGAUCUCUUACAACUGAGAGAGAGCACCUUUCUGAAAAACUGGAAGUACUGAUGUUUGAAUGUGAGAAACUAUCUAUGGAGGUUGGGCAAAAAGAACUUGAGAAUGAAAAGUUGCAUACUGAACUAGCUAGUUUGAAGGAUAUAUUGGAAAAGAAAGAUUCAAUUGAAGAACAAGUAUUUGCCAUUGAUAAAAAUCUGGUUUCCGGAAGUGCAAAUAUUGAUACCUUGGAAGAAUUGCUGAGGAAGCUUGUAGAAAAUCAAGCCAGCCUUCAAUCAAAGAAAGAUACAAUUGAAGAACAAAUUUUCACCAUUGAUGUCAAACUCAGGAAACUGCAUGAUUUAGUUGGUGAUGUAUUGCCAGAAUCUGAAACAGAAAAUCUGGUUUCGGGAAGUGCAAAUAUUGAUUCCUUGGAAGAACUGCUGAGAAAGCUUAUAGAAAAUCAAGCAAGUCUUCAAUCAAACAAACUGAUGCAUGUGGUUGAACUUGCUAGUGACAGUUCACAACAAGAUGGUGCCACUAUUCUGGAGGCAAGAAGUACAGAUAUGCAUGAUAAGGAGGAGGCAGAUAUUGAUAGAUAUAAGAAAGAUCUGGAGGAGGCUUUGAGUGAAUUGGCGCAUGCAAAGGAGGAGAGAGAGAAAACUUUGGAAAAGCAAAUGUCUUUAUCCACUGAAGUUGAAGCUUUGAGCAAGAGAAUUGAGGAGUUGCAAUUGCUUCUUAAUCAGGAGGAGCAGAAGUCAGCAUCUGUUAGAGAAAAAUUAAACGUUGCUGUCAGGAAAGGGAAGUCUUUGGUCCAACACCGAGACAGUCUUAAACAAACAAUUGAAGAGAUGACUACUGAGAUUACGCAGUUGAAAUCUGAGAUCAGUAAUAGGGAAGAUACUCUGGCUGAGCAUGCUCAGAAGUUAAGUCAUUUGUCAACUUACCCAAAUAGAUUGGAAGCUCUUGAAUCUGAGAUGAUACAUCUGAAGAACCACUUGGCAGAAUCUGAGCACCACUUGCAGGAGAAAGAAUAUUCUUUGAACCUGAUUUUGAACAAGUUAGGUGAGAUUGAGAUUGGUGGUGAGGGUUAUAUAAGUGAUCCAAUCAAGAAGUUGGAAUGCAUUGAGAAACUUUGCUCUGAUCUGCAUGGUACUGUUGCCUCUUUAGAACAAGAAUCCAGGAAAUCUAAAAGAGCAGCAGAGCUCCUGUUGGCAGAGUUGAAUGAGGUUCAGGAAAGAAAUGAUGCUUUUCAGGAGGAGCUCGCAAAGGCAGAUGCUGAGCUUGUGGAUCUCAGGAAAGAGAGGGAUUCAUUUGAGGCUGCCAAACUGGAAGCUCUUUCACAUCUUCAAAAGUUGUCAGCCUUGCAUGAGGAGGGAAAAAAGAACCAUUCUUCCGAGAUGACGGCAUUAAAAUCUAGCAUGAAUGAACUCUGCACAGGAUUUGGUGAGAUACAGCAUUUACUGGUUAGUGCGUUCUCCAUGGAUUUGGAAUCUUUUCAAAAUCUGGAGGCUGGUCUCAAGUCAUGCAUAAAAGGAAGCAAUGCUACAAAUAUGUUGGAUUCAUCUGUUGCCAAAACACAUAAUGGCAUGUCACCUUGUUCAUCUAUUACUAAGCAGAGCUCCUUGUCUUCAGAUUCUCGAUCUGAUUUUGACACAGUUGGAAAUUUCCAUCUUCUUCGGAGUCAACUGCAAGAGGUAUUGGUAGAGAUUGGUUCUCUUAAGGAAAGAAUAACUAUGCACUCAAGUUUGAUGCUGGAGCAAGACAAAAAUCUGUCUGAACUAAUGGCGAGUAUUGAAAAAGAAAUGACUAUCCAAAGAGAGUCAUGUGAAGCCAUGAAGCAAAAAGUUACUAAUCAAGAUGGGGAACUAGUUGCAUUACGCGGGAGCAUUGACUACCUUUGUGAAGCAUGUAUCAGCUCAGUCAAUGAAAUUGAAAAUGGAAAAGCUGAACUGGUUGGAAAUAAGGUUGAAUCAGAUCCAGGGAUUAACUUGAUGCUGACAUCAUUUGGCGAUGGAACAUCUGAAGAACGCAUCAGAACCCUCGUAGAUAGAUUGCUGAUGGCUGCAAAAAGUGUUGCUACUAUAAGAACUGGUUUUGCAGAUGCUAAUCAUAAUGAAAUGAAGGCUACUAUAACAAAUUUACAGCUAGAGCUUCAGGAGAAGGAUGUCCAAAGAGAGAGGAUUUGCUCAGAGCUGGUAAAGCAGAUCAAGGAUGCUGAAGCUUCUGCAAACAGUUACUCUCAAGAUCUUCAAUCUCUUAAGAUUCAAGAGCACAAUCUUAAGAAACAGGUGGAAGUAAUUGAGGCAGAAAGGAAGAUACUGGAAGAGAGAGUAAAUGAGCUGCAGGAAAAGCAACGAAUUGCAGCUGAAUUGGAGGAGAAAACCAAAUCUCAGACUGAUUUGCUGGCCGCCAAAGACCAAGAAAUCGAAUCACUCAUGCAUGCACUUGAUGAGGAAGAGAUGCAAAUGGAAGAGCUGACAAAUAAGAUUGUGGAACUUGAGAAGGUUGUUCAGCAGAAGACUCAGGAGAUUGAAAGUCUUGACUCCUCUCGUGGUAAGGUUAUGAAAAAGCUUGCUGUAACUGUAGGUAAGUUUGAUGAGCUUCACCACCUGUCUGCAAGUCUCCUUUCGGAGGUUGAAAGGCUUCAGUCCCAAUUGCAAGAAAGAGACAGUGAAAUUUCUUUCUUAAGACAAGAGGUUACAAGAUGCACGAAUGAUGUUCUUCUUGCAACACAAAUGAGUAACAAGGCAGGUUCAGACGAGAUCUUUGAGCUUUUGAUGUGGGUUGACACAAUGAUAUCUCAAGAGGGGAUGGAUGAUAUACUUCCCGACCUCAAAAGCAAUAGUCAAGUUCAUGAAUACAAAGAAAUACUUCAGAAGAAACUGAUGUCUGUAUUAUCGGAAUUGGAGAAUCUAAAGGCUGUUGCUGAAAAUAAGGAUGCAAUGUUGCAAGAAGAAAAGAGUAAGGUAGAAAAGUUGAACCACAAAGCAGAAACUCUUGAGAAGUCCUUGCAUGAGAAAGAAAUGCAGUUGAAUUUGCUCGAAGGUGUUGAAGAAAAUGGGAAGGGAGCUAGCACGAGCUCAGAAAUUUUGGAAGUUGAACCAGUGGUGAACGAGUGGAGAACAACAGGGUCUUUUGUAACACCUCAAGUCCGCAGUUUGCGCAAGGGCAAUAAUGAUUAUGUUGCCAUUGCUGUAGAUGAAGACCCUGUUAGUACUAGUAGGAUAGAAGAUGAAGAGGACGACAAAGUCCAUGGUUUCAAAUCACUUAGUUCUUCAAAAAUAGUCCCGAGAUUUACUAGACCUGUGACAGACUUGAUCGAUGGCUUGUGGGUUUCAUGUGAUCGAACUCUUAUGAGACGGCCAAUAUUGCGGCUCGGCAUUAUAAUUUAUUGGGCCAUAGUGCACGCACUUCUUGCCUUCUUCGUAGUUUGAGGUGAGAGGCCUUCAUUUGGCACCGAGUCAGGUGUUGGCUUUGUAGAAUUAGUUGUGGCACUCCCAAAUCCUGAGGAGCACCGGAAGUGCUGAUAGUGGGGCUGGUUGAUUGAUUGAAAUUAUAGUUUGAAACAAAUUACUUUAGUUGUACAGUGUCUUCCUUUCACCUUAUUCUUGAUAUAAUAAUAAAGUGAAAGAUGCUACUGCCAGAAAGAACAUGCAGCUUUAGAAGAAAAUGAUAGCAGAUUGCUCAAAUAUUUGAAGAGCCUGUUACAAUAAAACCUUGGUGGUUUUACCAGAUCCUGAUGCCAUUUUACCUUUAGCAAGAUCACAACACUUUUCUGGAGGGGUUGCUACUGUACCUUAAAUAUUGAACAUUUUUAGAAAGUAGGAUACAUGAACAGAUAGUUAUAGAGAAACAUAAUUCUUUUGUACCUUGAUUUUUUAUAUCUUGCAUUUUGUGAUGACUCGGUCAACCAUAACAUGCUUUUGCUUCUGUAUUUAGAGGAA